CAGACCUGUGGGAACGGUUGGACAGUUGACACUGUUGUUUGUUCACACUUAGACAUGGAAGUAGCAAUGUCGUUGUUGUUCCAAAGGGUUUACAUGGCGUCCCUACCUUCAGGAACACCUGUCUUCUCGUUGAGAGAGUGCGUGACUAAAUGCUACUACCAGCGUAACUGCUCCUCGUUAUUCUACGACAUAAACAGCAAAACCUGUCAGCUGACUACAGAACUGUUUGAGGAAACAACCCUGGGAAAGACAACACGUGAUGUAGACUACUUCGUAUGGACCAGAGAUGACUGUGACAAUGGCUUCACAUGGCGCCGAGAUCUCGACCUCUGCUACAAGCUCAACAAAUCAAGGAAAACAUGGGCUGACGCCAACAAAACGUGUCAUCAAUACGACAGCCACCUUGUGAAAGUGAACAGCGCCGGCAUUAAAGGCCUCAUCACCAAGAUAAGUCGCAGAUCUGGUGAAUCAAUCUGGCUUGGUGCCUCUGCCCCCAAAAGAUUUUACAACUGGACAUGGACCGAUGGUAGUGGCUUGGACGUGGUGUUCUGGGACAAAGAUGAACCAGAUCAUAAUUUGCCAGAACAUUGCCAAGGGAAACCCAAGAUAUUAAGACAUUCGGGGCUAACAACAAGCAUGCAGGUCCGAUUCUGGCAGGAUCUCCGCAUGGAUGGCUUUACGGGGGACAGUGUGAAACAUUGA